GCACUGGUCAAUAACACAGCGGGGGUUGGCGGUGCACAAACUCAGCCACCUCGACACUUUCAUACUCCCCAGAGCGAGGCUCAAUUCAUCAAGGAUUUCAAGCGUUACGGACCCCCUACCUUUGACGGGGGAAGCGAGAAAGCGACAGCAGCAGAAGAGUGGGUCAGGGAGUUGGAAGCCCUUUACGUGUACCUAGGUUGCGAGGACCAAUUCAAGUUUAAGGGUGCGGUUUUUAUGUUGAGGGGCGAGGCUCUGAAUUGGUGGGACUCAGUAGUAGCGGCAGAAGAUCAUGCUAACGUACCAGAUACGUGGGCAAGGUUCAAGGACUUGUUGUACGACUACUAUUACCCGGAGACCGUGAAAGAUAUGAAAGAGGCAGAAUUCCUCCAUCUCAGCCAAGCAACCUUAACGGUAGCAUAA